AUGGCUGCCGAUCUUGCGGAUGCCACUGGCGAGGCUGCCAAGAUCGCCUCGAAGAUAGGCUCAGCCGCGGCGGACGCUAUCCUGUUCGUGGCGGACUUGGGCGAAGAGCUUCCGCUAUUGCAGCCCGUGUUUCGGACCCUCCGAAUCGUUCGAGAGAAGGUGGAGACUGUGAAGAGCAAUCCAGAGGAUUUGACAGUGCUUCACCAAAGGUGCACGUACAUCACGGCAUGCUUCAUCGUUAAGUGCCGCCACUGCUCCUCAGAUUUGGAUGUAGCGCCUCUCGAGGACUGCGUCAACGUAGUGGAGAAAAUCGUGGAGCGGUAUAGGAAGCGAGGCAAGAUAUCGAGGGUCUUGAAGGCGAUCGGCGACAAGGGCGACAUGGUCCGGCUGAAGGAACGACUCAGAGAUCUCGAAGGCGACUUGAGUCUGGCGGGCAUCGCAAGCUUGGAACGUAUGGGCAAGAAACAAGAAGGGAAUCAUGAGGAGCUGUUAGCUAAUACGGAAACAAUUCUUCGCCAGCUGCCGAAACCGCCAGCCAAGGUAGCGAAUGUUCCCAAGGGCACCCCUACACACAAAAGUUGGCACGUGGAGCGUCGUAACGUGACGGAAACGGUGUUCCAGGCGCUCAAUGCCGAUGGAGGGCCCCAUCUGGUUGGCCUAGUGGGCGACAGCGGGGCCGGCAAGACCACCGCCGCGUCCGCAAUUGUCAGCAGUACUGAGGUGCGGGAGGCUUUCUCCGACGGUAUCGUGUGGCUGCCGGUGAACGAGGGUGCUCUGGAUAAUCUCCCCUGUUUGAUGCUUCAGUUAGCUCAAAUGGUGUUCGAAGACAUCGGAGGCAGCGUGGGGCGUCGUCCCAGCGGAUCUGACGACGGCUUGGACUACGUCAAGCAGCAGGUAGAGAAUGGACACGGGAGCAAAGGACUGAAGUGCCUCGUGGUGGCCGACAACGUGUGGGAAUCGGACGUGGUCUCGCAGCUGCUGGAAACCGGAAUGUGGGUUCUCCUGUCAACCCGCGAUGAAGAGCUGGUGAAACGUGCGAAGGGCGAGGUAGUCGGAGUCGAUGAACUGUCCGAGGCAGAAGCGGAGUCGGUGCUAAGAAGAGCAGCGGAGCUAUCCCCUGAGGCACGCUUGCCCGACGAUGCGAUGGACCUGAUAGAGCUGUGCGGGCGCGUGGCGAUGGACCUCGCGUUCGUAGGGCGCUGGAGUACAGUUCGCGGCAGGCAAGACCGGACGGCUUGGUCGGAUGCGGCUUGUAAGGUCCGUGCAGAGAUGAACAAGGAGCGGGUGAAUGCUGAGAGCAACGGCAGUGAGGACUCUCGUGUGAACCGAAGGAGGGCCAUCCUUCAGGCCGGUUUCGAAGAUCUAGCCAUUGGGUCGGAUGACGAGCGGGUGCAACGUUUGUACCUGUCUCUCGCCGUGUUGCCGGAUGGCCAUGCCUUCACCGUUAAAGAUGCGGCAGUGUUGCUGUACGACCGAGAGCCAGGCACCGAAGACAAAGCAUCAGUGGGAGCCGUCGUGGAGACCCUGGAACGCUGGACUACCAUUCGUUCGGUAGAAGCAACGUACCGCAUGCAUGACGCCCACUCCAACUUUGCGAGGGAGAGUCUUAUGGACCGCGGGGACGUGCGCCGACCUGCCAUAAAGAGGUUGGUCAGGUCCAUCUCCUCUCUUGAAGCUCUUCGGUCGAUUAACCGAUACGUGCUCAAGAGUUUAUGGGCGGGGGUUCAACGCGUGGGCGGAGACGGAUGGGCAACAACCCGCCCGUAUGAGAAGGCGCUAGAAGCGUUAGACGAGUCAAACUCCCCGCUUUUCCGACAGAGUAUCGAGGCAGUGGCAUGGUUUCAAGAAGCACAGGAAGACUGGACGGGGGCCAACCGGACUUGGCGUCGACUACUCGCGGUCGAAGAGGUGCAGUUGGGAGCUGACCAUCCGUACGUCUUGAACACCUACCGCUGCCUGGCAAAGUGCGCAGAGCACCAGGGCAACGUCGAAGAGGCCAAGGAGUGGCACAGGAAGGAACGCCAAGCUCUCCCGUUGGCCAUGGCCAGAGUACAGUCUAAAAACGUUGGCAGCGAGGCAGCAGGGCUUGAUGAUGCGGGUAGCCUAGCGUCUCUUGCUGCCACCGUGAUGACGCUCCAUCCCGGCGAACGGGGUGAAGCAGAAAAGCUACUGAGACGAUCUUUAGAGAUCAAGAUGGCCGAGCUAGGCGGCCAAGAUGAUGUGCAGGUGGCCGUCGCACAGCAUGACCUGGGUGUAUGCAUUCGAGAGGCGGGGCGGUUAGACGAGGCGGAGAUAUUGCUUAGGCGAUGCCUAGAGGUCAGGGAGGCAAAGCUAGGCCCAGACGACCUGAAAGUGGCCGGCACACUGCAUGAUUUGGGUAUAUGCGUCCGCGAGGCGGGAAGGCCAGACGAGGCAGAGGAGUCCCUCAGGCGUUGUCUUGAGAUCAAAGAAACCAGGCUCGGCCGAAAGGACGUCGAGGUAGCCCUAACACUGUAUGAGCUGGGGGGAUGCCUUCGAAAAGCAAGGCGGCUGGGCGAAGCGGAGCAAGUGUUAGGCCGUUGUCUGGGUAUCGUGGAGGCCGAAUUCGGCGGAGAAAGUGCCCAGGUCGCGAACACGCUGUGUGCGCUCGUACAAUGCGCUCGAGAGCGAGGGGAUUUCGAGGAGACGGAGAAAUUGUUGAGGCGCUGUCUCGACAUUAAGGAGGCUCAGUUGGGGCUAGAGGACGUGCAGGUGGCCAGCACGCUGUACGAUCUGGGCGUGUGCAUUCUCGCCGCGGGACGAGUCGAAGAGGCGGAAAGGUUGCUGAAACGCUGUCUACAGGUUCGGGAAACCAAGCUUGGUCCGCAGCAUGUGGAAGUAGCCAGCACACUGUAUGAGCUGAGCUCAUGCUUUCGAAGGGCAGGGCGACUUGGUGAGGAGGAGCAGGUCCUGAGGCGCUGCCUGGGCAUCGUGGAAGACAGGCUGGGCCCAGAGAAUAUUGGGGUUGCCAACACCUUGCGGUGUCUAGAGACGUGUGUUCGGGAGGCAGGGCGGCUGGAGGAGGCUGAGGGAUUGUCUAGAAGAAUUGUGCAGAUCCAAGAAGGCGAGAUCAGCCAAGAGAAUGCGAAGAAAAGCUUGCCCCACGUAAGACCAAGAUAA